GCAGCUAAGAAAGAACACAGUGUAGCCGCCGCCGACGCUGCUAGGGUUUAACGAAGAUGGCCGCCGGCGCCGCCGCCGGAGCCCGGAGGCUCCUGUCCCGACGCGCGUCCUCCUCCGUAUCCGCCCUUCUCCGCCGCGGCCCGUCCGUGGCAGCGGCAGUACAUGAGCCGCUGCUGCGCCCGGCGGUCGUGGCCCCCCGCCUCGGCUUCCUCCGCGGGAUGGCGCGGCGGCCGGGCGGCGACGGGUACUCCCCGACGCGGUCUGGCGGCGGAGGAGGAGGGGAACGCGCGCCCACGGAGAUGGCGCCGCUAUUCCCCGGGUGCGACUACGAGCACUGGCUCAUCGUCAUGGACAAGCCCGGCGGGGAGGGCGCCACCAAGCAGCAGAUGAUCGACUGCUACAUCCAGACCCUCGCCAAGAUCCUCGGAAGCGAGGAGGAGGCCAAGAAGAAGAUUUACAAUGUCUCGUGUGAGCAGUACUUCGGUUUCGGGUGUGAGAUCGAUGAGGAGACAUCCAACAAGCUGGAAGGCAUUCCUGGUGUUCUGUUUGUGCUUCCCGAUUCAUAUGUUGAUCCUGAGAACAAGGACUAUGGAGCUGAGCUUUUUGUUAAUGGAGAGAUUGUCCAGAGGUCUCCGGAGAGGCAGAGAAGGGUGGAGCCUGUGCCUCAGAGAGCAUCAGAUAGGCCUAGGUACAAUGACAGGACCCGCUAUGCUUGGAGGAGGGAGAACCAACAACGGUGAUGAGCUGAGGUGAUCAAUCGAAGACUAAAUAACAAGCCCCGGUGAUUUCCCCGUCCAAGUUAAAAUGAUGUUCUCACUGUAGUGUGUGGAACAUUUGCUGCUGAUAUACACAACCAAGAUAGAGAAAGCAGUUUGGUUUUUGAACUAGGAACAGCUUGAUGGUAACACCUUUUAUGUUAUUAGCUUUUCCUUUUUGAUCUGAAGUUGUCCCGCUGAUUUAAUAUGGCAAACAAUUUACAGCUGAACCACUAGUGGGUCGAUUUGAGGCCUCUGUCUGACCCCCUACAUUCAGAAGCAGAUGCUGGCGAGAUAGACGCACGAUUCUUCAGACUAGCACUCAGCACAACAUCGUCAACCUGAACAGUCGAGACAAUCACCGUGCAACUCAAGAGCUUAGUAGGUUUUACUUCCUUUGAGGUUGUCCAUGUAAACUCAUAACUAUGUCAUGUAAGCUUGUUCGGCCAGAAGAGAGUGUAUGCCUGGACCAAGAUCCACAGAUUUCUCUUGUCCUGACAAUAGUUCACUGUACUUUUUGGUUUUCUGUU